AUGGAAAGUCCUGAGUAUUGCGAGAUAAACUCAAAUACAACUCUCGACUACAUAAACCGACUGUUAAUGGAGGAGGGCACUGAUGAGAAGGCCAACAUAUACCAACGACAUGAUGCACUUCAGGCCAUGGAGAAGCCAUUUUAUGAUAUUCUUGGACAAGCAUAUCCAUCUUCACCUAAGGAGACAAUGAUCAGUAGAGAUACCCAAGUAGAUUGUCCCCAAGACAAUUAUAGUGAACAGGCAUGCAGUGGUAGUUUUUUCACUGAUAUUCUUGGGCCACAAGGUAUGCACCUGGUUGCCAAUGACUGGGCUUCUGAAUGUGACCAUUUGUCUUUGCAAUUUGCGAGAGGUGCUGAGGAAGCAAAUAAGUUUAUCCCCAGUAUUGUGAAAUUGGUUGAUCUGGACAGUAAUGGCCUUCCUGAUUCUAAUCAAAUGAUAAAGGCAACAAUUGGACAAAAGGGCAAGCAUGUAAGCAAAAUACAGAGUCAUCCACAUGUGGACUUGGAGAUUUUGGAAGCAAAGAACAGUAAGCAUUUGGCCAUCUCGGUUAGUGAAACAACCCGGGAUGAAAUGUUUGACAGUGUUCUGCUCUGUGAUUGGCAGUUCCAUUGUGAUGUUGCUCAUCUUAGAGAAAUUAAGGCAAAAGAAGCAAACAGCAGUUCACAGAAUGUUCGGAGAAAAGGAUAUGGCCAAGGGCAGAUGAAGUCACGAGGUAAGAAGAAAGAGGAGGGGAUUGACCUCAGGGCUCAUCUCAUGCAGUGUGCAGAAGCAAUAGUAGUAAACAACCUUCCAUUUGCCAGUGAGCUACUGAAGAAGAUGAGGCAUCACGCUUCACCAUAUGGAGAUGGCUCUCAGAGGCUGGCACUUUACUUUGCAAUUGGUCUUGAGGCACGCUUGGCCGGGACAGGGAGUCAAAUGUAUCAGAAACUGAUGGAGAAACGAACAAGGGCCACAGACAUGUUAAAGGCCUACCGCCUUUUCAAUGCAGUGUGCCCUUUUGCUAGGGUGGCAUACUACUUCUCCAACCAAACAAUUGCUGACCUAUUGAACGGGCGACCAAAGGUUCAUAUCAUUGAUUUUGGCAUCACACUCGGCUUUCAGUGGCCAUCAUUAAUCCUGCGAAGCAAGAAGGUGGCCCCCCAAAGCUUCGUAUCACAGGAAUAG